AUGAGGAAGCUGAUAACUCUGUCACUUCUGGUGCUGCUCUGCUCUCUACAGCUGACCCCCUGCAGUGUGAUCCCUUUAAAGCGGGUGGUAUCUUACAGAUGGACCAGCAGUAGCUGUGCCAAAAAAGCCAUUGUGUUUGAGAUGAUUGGAGGGAAGAAGAUCUGUGUGGACCCAGAAGUCAGCUGGGUCAGUGGUCAUGUAGCUACAGUGGACAAGAGGAAGAGUGCAAAAGAGGUGAUCACUGAUGGAUCCAAAGAAUCAAAGUGA